CCCCGGGUUUCUAGUAUCUAGUACCUAGUACCCUCCACGACCACUACUACCACCACCUACGUCUGUUGGGCUAACGUUCUUUCCAACCAUCUCCAGCAGUCUACGUACAUCAUGUGGGUCCAAUCACUCAAUGCCUACAUAUCUACCUAGACUUUUCCCGUUCGUCUGGUACCGAGCGUAAUAUUCUUCAUCUGUUCUUCAUCAACACUGUAGCGGUCUGGCUUUCUCUACCCCGUUCCUGCUUUGAUCUUUAAGUCAGAUCAUCGUAAACUUUAGACUGCCGCCCGUAAAAAAUUCGUUUCAUUAUGGCAUCAUCCUCUAAGGCUCGCCAACCUCGGCUCCGGGCUUCUUGCGAUGGAUGUUUCUUAGCCAAAGUCAAGUGCUCCAAGGCACGACCGAUAUGUUCCCGAUGCUUAGCUUGCGGCAUCGAGUGCCGAUACUCCCCCUCAAGCAGGGCGGGCAAGCCUAAAUCCGAACAUAAUGGAAAUACUCAAGCGAAUGCUCAUCAAGACAUGCAGCAGAUGCAUCACAAUAUGAUGGAAGACAAAAAUAUGGCGUACUCCACAGCACACCAACCGCCAUCGGAGCACAUGUUUAGUUUUGAAACCGGAUGGACCACUCCUCCUAACGUCGAUGGUAGUAUCAGCCGGAAUUCCUCUAUUUCAACUGGUCUGGCUUUGCUCGGGGUCGAAGAUAGAGCCAUGGGCGGCGAGCAGGACCCAAUGUCGGCCCCUCCAGAGUUGUAUUCAUCCACAAUGCCCUGGACGCCGCCGACAGACAUGUCAUGUGCCUCCUUUGGCGAUCUUCCCGUUGGAACAGGCCCUAUACCUGGUGCUCAGAUGCGAUCUCAGUCGUUCGACCUGUCCAUGUCAGCACAUAUGCCUUGGGCCGAUCCAACUGCACCGGAUAUGAUUCCGUACAGCCAAGUCCCAACCCCAACAAGUAUGUCUUCGAAUUAUUUUCCCAGCCCAAGUACUACGCCCACAAUGAGGCCAGCUGGCCCACGCCAUAGUUCCUCUUCCUCGACUAUCGGCGGAGGUAGCUGCACCUGUUUUACAGCUUGUUUGCAGUCACUUCAAGCGCUACAUAAUGCUUCUUCGCCAGCCUCUCCACCCUUUGAUCUCGUUUUAUCCCUUAACCGAAAAGCGGUAGAAGGAUGCGCCGCCAUGCUAUCUUGUUCGAAAUGCAUGAGCCGGUCCGGCACACAUACUGCUACGAUGCUCCUUGCAACCGUGAUCGGUAAGAUCACAUCAUUUUACAAGAAUGCAUCGCAUUGUUAUUUCGAGGCCGGGAAUAUGGGGAUUGCACCAAACAAUCUAGGGAACAACCUAGGAGUUAGCUUCGGGGUGUACCAUCUCAAUGGCGAGGAUGGCAGAUGGCUAGAGCUUGAGAUCCUAGCUAGGGAACUCCAUAAGCUUGAGGAGGUUUAUGCCAGAUUCAGGGAAGUGGUUUGCACUGAUUUUUCCGACGUCCCAGAGGUUACCAAGGCCAUGAUCGGCUACCUUGGACAAAAUCUAGGCUCCACACUAGAAGUCAUCAGCCAUAGGAAAGGCGACAUGACAUUUGUUUCAUAGAGCCAUACACGUUCUAGCCCUAUCACGAGUCGCACGAGUCGCACGAACACGACACUUCAGGCCAUGCUAUCGAGCGACAUUAUGACAUGACGCAGAAGAGGUCAAGACGGCCUACGCAGCAAUUCGUGCCUACGUUUCGAGAUCGAUUACAUUUUAUUGUGAUCUUCAACCCUUAUAUAUCCGGUCAAACAAUGAGUUUAACUAUGUCACGGCACUUUAACGAAAGCGAAUUUCAGCUCUUG